AUGGCUUCUACCGAAGCUGAACCACGUAGCACCAUCAUCAUCGACGACGACGAUACAGAUGCAGAGACGGACGCACCUCGGUCCCUGCCGCGAGAUCUCCGGAGAAAGAGACGCCUUGUGGACUAUAAGCGAACCGGACCGCUGGAGAAACGCACAAUGCCCAACCUGAAGGUAGUUCUGGCGACAGCAUAUCAAGAAAUUCACACCAUAUUUGAAGCAGAGUCCGCGAAGAUCAGGGACCUACAAGAAGAAGUGCAGCGCCUGCAGAAGUGGAACACCGAGCUAGAAAUCAAACACCGUGCAGAUCAACAAGGAGAUCCGCAGGCUUAA